CUAUGAGAUCAGUGACGCAGUCGUGAACAUCACCAUCAUCAAACGACUGCAGCUCAAUUGCAACUAUAUCCUGCAAGAUCAUAUCAAGCACGAAUCUUCUUGAUGCGCCUCCUCCGAAACAUAAUAUUGAAUUUGGGAAAGAGACGUUACGCACAGGUCCACGACGUCAGAGUUGAAUACUCGAGAUACCCUGCAAAAGAUAUACUUGAGCAGGAGUCGAGCGAAGACAAUAUGUCGCAGUCAUUGAAUGUAUUCAAGAAGCCCCUCGCCCUCCACUCCACACAGCCCCUGACAGGCUUCACACGCUCCGGCUACUGCGAAGCGCCCAAGUCCGACUUCGGCAACCACAGCAUCGCUGCCAUCGUCACAGAGGAGUUCCUGGACUACAGCGCUGCGCAGGGAAACAAUUUGCGCGAUGCUGGGCUCAAAGGCGGCUGCAAGUGGUGUCUCUGCGUGAGCCGUUGGAAGGAGGCUUUUGAGAAUAGGACGGGCGAUGAUGACAAGAAGGUGCCGAAGAUCGUACUGGCGGCUACAAAUCAAAGGGCGCUGGAGGGCGUGGAUCUGGAGGUGCUGAAGAAGUUUGCUGUGGACAAGGAGGAGAAGUGAUAAGGUCGUCUUUGGGAGUUACCCGCAUUGGACAAAAUAUUACUAUUCUCUCUGAACUGUCUUUGUUGUGAAUUCACCUCUCUCUCAAGCCGAAUCUAUGUUCCGACCUCCUUUCGCACCGCGCCUUCGAAUGCGUCUCGUGAUGAUAUCAUACCCCGCGC